UCCUCUCCAUUAUUCCCUGUACCUCAAAUACGAGGUCCUCAAUCAAAUCUGCUGUAUUUUCAUGGCAGUAUCAAUAUCACCCUCGUAUUCAAAUUCACCCCUAAUUCUACCAACCCCAUCAAUUACCAAAUCCCUUUUUUCCAUUUACCCCCUUCACAGUCUCAAAUUUCCAUUUUCACCCCUCAAAUCUCGGCCCUCAAAAAUUUACCUUAAAAGAACAACCAUUCUUGUUUGUGCAGCAGAAAAUGGGAAUAACAAUACCGUUAGCUCAGAUAAAGAGGUAAAGGAAAAAAGUGAAAGCGGUGGAAGUAAUAAUAGUAAUGGAGGAAGGCCGAGAUUGAAUUUGAGAUGGGUGGAUCUGAUAUUGGACCCGGACCCGGAUAAUAUUGUGGCAGUUGGAUUAACGGGUCUGCUGACAUGGGCUAGUGUCAAAAGGGCUAUAUGACGUUGUUAGGAUCCUAUAUCCGCCUUUAUGAUCCUGACCUGUAAAUGGACCUUUUCAUUCGUGAAGUUGUACACCAUGUCCGACUCUUCUCCCGUAAUGGUACGUAUUAAUACUUCAUCCGGUCCACAAUAAGUGAUUUUUUAGCCUUUUUUUUUGUGGUCCAAAAUAAGUGAUUUUUUCAGAUUUCAAGAAUAAAUUAAUUAUUUUUUUCUACACUGCCCAUUGGAGUAAAUAGUGUAGGAGUAUGUGUUACGAGUGUUUAUAUAAAGAGAUAAUAAAUGUUAAUAUAGUCAAUUUCAUUGCUAAUUAAUGUUAAAAGAUGAAUUUCUUAAUCUGUGUGAAAACAAUCAAAAAAUCACUUAUUGUGAACCGGAAGUAGUACUGUUAUUGGAGUAGAUACACAAAUCACCUUAAAUCGGCGAGAAUACAAAAAAUUAAGGCAUAUAU